AUGCCUUAUCUUCAACAGCUUGAACUCAUUGUUUCUUCUGGUGGAAGUAGCAAUUUAUUAGAAGGAAAUCAAUGGGAAAUAUUCAUUAAAAAACAUUUGCCUUUUCUUUCUAUGUUCAAUUUCAAAUUUCAAAUAAUAAAUAUUGAUCGAAAUAAUUACAAUGAAAAGAAUAUUCUCUCGCAAUUUUCUAGUUCAUUUUGGCUCAAUAGAAAUCCAACAUGGUAUGUGGCGUAUAAUAUUGAUGAUUUUAUUCUUUAUACUGUUCCUCGUUUUGCUCCACGUACAAUAAAACAUUCUUUAUUAUCAAUUUUACCACAUUCAACAACACUUCCUGUCAAACAAUAUUUUAUUUAUUACAAUCAGAUAAAUGAACUAGAACUUGAUUCAAAUGAUAAAUCAUCUUAUCGAUACGGAAAUGUUACACAAUUGAUAUUGUCCAUAACAAAGAUUGAUGAAAGUAUAAUCGAUCUUUCUAAAGUGAAAUAUUUAUGUGUAAAAUCAUUAUCAUGGUCAUUGAAGAAACUUUUUCGAAUUAUUAAAACAUCAAUGACUUGUUUAUAUCAUUUAAAAAUUGAUUUUAAUUUUUCUAUGGUACAACUUUCUGAUAUUUAUCCACUAGAACAGAUUCGUAUAUUGGAUUUGCCUCAGUUUUCAUGUUCGUUCAAUAAUAACAAUAUUGAGUUAUGUUCCAUUUUUCCGUGUGUAGAACGUUUAACAAUCGGAAUCAGUAGUCUUCACCAAAUGUCACAUAUAAUUGAUCAAUUUAUAAAUUUAUCAAGUGGAUCAUUUCAUAUUAUGAACGAUCAGGGUGAUAUCAGCCAUACAUUAACUGAAACUGAUACGGUAUACAAAUGGCUCAUAGAAAAGACGAAUCGUUUGGCAAUAGACCGUAGGUUCACUUAUCGACUAGAUUCUCAGUCUGAUAUUUGGAUACAUCUAUGGAUUAGUAGUGAAAAUAUACCACCGGAAAAAGUAUCUUAUAAUUAUCUUUUUUUUUUAUGUUUCAAAUAA